UUCUCCAAUGGCGUCCUUGGCAACGGCGAGUUUGAAACGGAAGAUAACGGAAGACAAGAACUGACCGUUAACAACCGUUAAUAACCGUUAUUAGAGGCUGAGAGCGAAGCGGGCGGACACACACAGCAGCAUCCAUCUAACUUCCUUCUCUCACUCAAGAAGAUGGUGUGAUCUUAAGCUGUCAGACAAAGCAUUUCACACUAGUUUCCUCCCCUGACCUGUGAGGCCAUUGGGCCUUUGACUGAAUGGCUCCAUCUUGUUUGGAUCUGGGCCAGGGCGCACAGGGAGUACUGAGACGCUAAUCUCUUAAGAGGCUCAAGCUAGCUUGUGAACUCUGGGAGGGCACAGAGAAGUGAGCGAGGAAAAGCGCGUUGUGAUUUGGAGCUGUCAUGGAAAAUAUGAAGAUGUGUUCUCGUCUGAUGUGGGAGGCCACCUGCAGAGAGCCACUGAAGGGCACUGGAGACAGGUAGUGGUGUCCAGUCUGAGAGCACUGCAGAAGGAUGCUGAGAUAUCUGCUGCAGCAGGACGUGGGAGCCUAGCACUUGCUAUGAGUGACAGCUAAGCCAUGACGCUGUUUUUAGUGGAGACGAGCUGCAGCCUGAUUGGCUGGCUCUGCCUCUACAUACUGCUGUGUUACGUUAAUGGGAAGCGGGGCUUUGAGUGGAAUUGCCGGCUGGUCACCCUAAUCCAUGGGGUCCUCAUCGUCUGUGUGACUGCUUACAUCGGAUUUGUGGAUGGACCAUGGCCAUUUACGCACCCUGGGUCAGAAAACACCCCUCUCCAGAUGUUUGCUCUGUUGCUCAGCCUGGGCUACUUUCUCUUCGACAUGAUCUGGUGUGUGUACUUCCGUACAGAGGGUCCAGUCAUGCUGGCCCACCACACUUUGAGCAUUCUGGGUAUCGUGUCAGCACUGGGCAUGGGUGAGUCUGGCAUUGAGACAUGUGCUGUGCUAUUUGGCAGCGAGAUCACCAACCCCCUCCUUCAGGCCCGCUGGUUCCUCAAGCAGACAGGACGCUACGACAGCCUGACCGGAGAUGCUGUCGACCUCCUCUUCAUCACUCUCUUCGCCUCUGUACGCAUGGGCAUCGGCGGCCGCAUGCUGUACUGUGAGCUGACCUCCCCCAAACCUAAAAUGGUGAUGAAGUGGGGCGGUGUGGCCAUUUAUGGCCUCUCUUGCCUCUUUAUGGUGGACAUUGCACGCUUCGCCUGUCGAAAGACUCGGACCAAGUACAGGAGGUGGCAGGAGCAACGGAAGCUUGAAAACACUAAUGGACAUGCAGGAAAGUGAAGUAAUGGACCAAAGAUGUGGACUAGAAGACUGUUUUGCAUUUUGUUUAAGUAAUAACUUGAAAUUAAGGUCCUUCAAAGACUUUAUGAGAUGAGUACUGGUGAUGUGGGAAAAGUCUAUUUAUUAACUUGCAACAGUACAAACCAGCAGCACGAUUACUAGAGUUAAAAUUACCAACUGAUAUGAAACUUUUAUAGACAAUGCAAUUUAAAAUUUUAGAUUUUCUUUUAUUCACAGGUGGAAUCAGGUUAGCAGUGCUUUGUUCAUGGCUCCAGACUAACACCAUUAUGUCGUCCGGAAGCUAAAAAAAAGCACAGGGACAAGAUAAAAAAAAAAAAAAACUCGUGUGCGAACAAAGUUGUGUGCGGCAGACACACAUACAUUCUUACACAUUCUAUUGAAUUGUUUUUUUUAUUUAAUUGGGUAAAUAUAAAUGUCGUAACUGAAUGUAUGGUAUAAUUGCCUAAUUGUGUUGCUAGGGCUGGACAGUAAAAAAAGGAUACAUUUUUUGUAAUAAUAGUAAUAUUAUUUUAAAACUCAAUUUGAAUUUUUGUACUUUUCAUCUCUUGUAAGGCAUUCUUGUCAGUGUUUUUUGUGACCUCUAUGUUGUUCAUGUCGAUAUCAUUAUUAUAUCAUACUUGACCAAAAUUAAGAAAUAUAUUGUGAUAUGAACUUUGGCCACAUUGUCCAGCCCUUAGCCCUAACUAUAUAUAAUAUAGUAUAAUAAAUAUUAUGGCCUUGUAUAUUAUGGUUUGUACUCAGAUUCACCAGUUCAGCCAGUAUUAUUGUCAGAUAGUUAAACAGGGGUGACUUGCAUUGACUUUCUCACUAGCAUAGAUGUCUUACGUUCCAAAAAUUGAUGUUAUUAUGAGUGCAUUUUCUGGAUUUGCUGAUACCGUUAAAAACAAAGUUCAUCAAUAUUGGCUUAUACCAUUGGUUAAACAAUAUUAAUGUCAGGCCUACUGAACGAUCUACUUUCACAUAUUCAUAAUUCCACAAUGGCCAUAAUACUGAAAUCCAUUUCUUUACACUUUUUAAUAACUGAAUAAUGGAUUAUUUGCUACAAUCUGAUGUUUAUAAGAUAAAAUGACUUGUGAAUUAUUAUACUUGUGAUUUAGCCUAAGCCCUCAAUGUUGCCAGUUGUUUUACAUGCUUCAUUUUAUAUUUUUUUGUGUCAUGUUGUCUGUGGCUGGUUUUGAAAGGGAUUGUAAAGCAGCCAAGAAGUUGCCUAUCAAAGUAAUUUUUCAUUUUUUAACUGUAAAUGUAGUGAUUUAGAGUGUCCAGUGAUACACUGAUGUAAUUUCUAUUUUUUGCUUGCUGUUUAGUUGAUGCUUUAUGAACAUUUUUGCUAUAACUGCUUAUGAAAAGGCCAUAAAAAAUGCUGAUAUGAUGCUUUUUCUGACCACAGUGCUCUUAGCUUGGUGGUGAACCUAAAUUAUAUCUGUUCGACAGUAGUCCUGUGGUUAGAGAUUGACCAGUGCUGAAUAAGGUGGAGGGGGGCUGAUAUAAUAUAGUGUUACCUAUAUUCUAGAGCGCAUAUACUGUAUAGUCUGUGUCUGAAAUGUAAGAAAUGCUGCCUACUUAGGCAGGAUUCUGAGGCAGAAAGCAAACCAGUCUUGUCUGAAUCAAUGUUUUAUUGGGUGAAAAUGAUAAUAGCUAAUGAUCACACAGCUAAGCACUCAUAUGUAGUAUGAGCAGUAAGCAGUUGAUAUCUUGAAAUCAUCAGAAUAUAGUGUUUCAUUUUUUUUGGUUUGAUUUAGACACAGAGACCUUCAUUAUUACACUGCAUUUAAAGUGAGUCAGUGUGGACAGCAAGGCAUCAAGUCAGCAUUUGUUUUGUUCAGACAGCAAUAGUGAGUGGCCAGUGAGUAGAAGUGGAGUGGUCGGUGAGUUGAGUUCUUAUAUUGUCUUUUUCAGUGGGAACCACCAGAUGGCGUGAUUGUUCUCUGUAUACGUCUCUUCAAAAACACUAAUAAAGUUUUUGCAGGAGG